UACCAAUGGAACAAAACAGAUUGAAAUUAUACAAUAAUGCCUUAUGUAUACAAUAAUACCUUAUUACCAAAGGUGAUAAAACAAUGACACUAGAUUACAGCCUUCUUUUGUUUAAAAAAAGUUUUUAUACUUUUUAAUGUUUUCUUUUUACUCGCUACCUAAAAAUUACUAGGAGACGCUAAAGUAAUGAAAGUUUAGCACCUCUGAAGACUAUUCGAAGUGAACUUUACUGGAUUCACAUAGAUCCUGGAGCUCUGACAUCGUCUUGGGACCACAGUGGGAGAGCUGUCUGAGAAGGGAGUCAAGAAGAGCCACUGAGGCCAGAAAAAUAUAAAGGUGCCUCCACACUGGACCAUUUGGUGCUACAAGCUAAUAAAUUCCCUGCUUGGCUUCAACCGGUUUGGGUUUGGUUUUUGGUCACUGGCGACACAAAGGGUCCUCACCAGCACCCCAGUGAACACAACUUGAGCCAGCUCCGUUUUGAUGACCUCUGCCCUAAUCACCAUCUUCCCACCCGUAUUUUCAAUUCCGUGUAAGGCAAGUCAAUGUAGCAACAACUGUGAUAGAAUUCAGUAGACCUCGGCAGGGGAGGGGGAAAGACAGUUCCCAAUAUUUGUGUAUUUUAGCCUAAAGUUCGAUUUCGUGGUUUACGUCAUACUUCUCUUUUUUAUGUAUCUCUCUUAAGAGGAAAUUCAAUCAUCAGUGUUUAAGAAAUGCAAAUGUGGGGCAGUGAUGUAUCAACCCAGAGACGUUCUAUUAUACUAGAAAAUGUUUUUGAAGGGGGAAAAACAGGGAUUUUUAUUAUUAAAAGAUAAAAGUAAACUUGUUUUUUUAAGACACAAGGCAUUGGAAACAUUGGUUUCACAACAUGCCAUUAUUAGACAGCCUCUAUCUGAUUGUUGGAAAUUAUUCAUUUCCUCAAAGAGAGAGAAUAAAUUGGUUGGGGAUACAAUCUUGUACAAUGCACUUUCUUUGCCAAAGGCAUUCGCUGAACAUUUCAGAGCCACCAGAAUGCUUCUGCUUUUGACUUUCCUGGCCCUCGGAGCUGCCGACGUUGGUGCCAUUGCCUUAGAAAGUCCGUUGAAGAGACUGGUGGCAGAGACCUUGACCCUGCUCUCCACUCAUCGGACUCUGCUGAUAGGCGAAGGGAACCUGAUGAUUCCUACUCCGGGACAUACAAAUUACCAACUAUGCAUUAAAGAAGUCUUUCAGGGGGUAGACACAUUGAGGAAUCAAACUGCAGAAGGGGAUGCCGUGGAAAAACUCUUCCAGAACUUGUCUUCAAUAAAAGACUACAUAGAUGGCGAAAAAAAAAAGUGUGAAGGGGAACGCUUGAGAGUAAAGAAGUUCCUAGACUACCUGCAAGUAUUUCUUGGCGUGAUAAACACUGAGUGGACAAUGGAAAGUUGAGACUCAACUGGCUUGUUGUAGCGAUAAAGGAUGUUUUAUUGCCACGGGAAUGAGGGCCAAUCAAGGGCAGGGCCUUCCUCUUCAGUUUAAUUAAGCUUCUGAGGCAAAGUAGCAGUAUUUCAGGCAUACUGCUGCUUCACUACCUCAUCUGGGCAGAAAGCAUCAAAACAAAAUGUUCUAGGUAUAUUCCAGAUACAGGAAUCAGGGAAGUAUUUUCCUCCAGUUCGCUCCAAACCAAAUGGAUGUAUACUUUUUAUCUUAUUUAAUGCAGAAUUCUGUAAAAUGUCUGUUAACUUAAUAUUAUUUAUGAAAUGGUUAAGAAUUUGGAAAAUGACUAUUUAUUUCAUGUCAAGCUAUGUUCCAAUAAAACAAAAAUAGACAACUCUGGUUCAA